AUGAAAUUGCUUUCAGCAGCAUCAUAUCCAACUAUGGGAGAUAUCCGUUUAGUAUUCUUGGGUAUUCAAGACCAUUUAAGUACGUAUAUGGAACAAAGUGAAUUUUCUCAAAAAACUGCUGCUACAUCAAUCUAUCAAAAAAUAGAGGAAUACUGGGUUAUAAUGGACAAAUCCUCUAUUGUAUCUACUGUUCUUGAUCCUCGUGCCAAAUUAAAAAUUUUUGAUAAAGCAGAAGCUAUUAGUGCUAAGAAAAAAAAGUUGCGUAACAAAUUAAAAACUGAAGAAUCUUCAGUUUCUAAUUAUAUAGAUGACGAAGCUCUUAAAGAACUAUUAGUUACUAAUGAAUUAGAUCGUUAUGUUGCAUUAGAAAUAGUUGAAGAAGAUAUAAUCCCAUUAGACUAUAUCCAAGCUACGAGUAUCAUUUGUGAACAAGCCUAUUUAAUAGCUAGUAAUACAAUCUCAAGAACCCGUAAUUGCCUUCAUUCUGAAACAGCAAGAGCAUGUCUCUGCGUUAAAAGCUAG